GAGACAUGAGGCCAACAGAUCGUGCCAUGCCAAAACUUGUCCGGCGGACCAGUGCAGCCGGAGCUCUGGGCGCCAAGCAGAUUUGGCUGGUUUUCCUGCUUGGCCUUGGCCACGCGUUCUCCUUGCCGCGCCACUCCCUGCCAGUCUCAAGGUGGAGGAAGAACUCCAGCCACCGGGUGGCGGCCGGGGACGUGCGCCAUUUCCUGGCAGGCGACGCGAGCCCGCUGCUCUGUGAGGUGGGUGCCCGGGUUGGGCAGGCGUUGCCAGACAAGCUGAAGCACAAGGAGCUCUUCGAAGCCCACGCGGUGGCGGAGCUCGCGCAGCGGCACUUGACGCAAUGGCGCAGCGAGGGCCUCGAGGUCCAAACGGCCGUGGAGCUCUGCGCGGGCUGCGGCCUGGUGGGCAUCUUCCUGGCCCUGCUGGACCGGCGUCUGCGGGUGCUCCAGCUGGACCGGCGGCGCUCGAAGCUGGCGGCCCAACUGCACGAGAUGGCCGACAGUUGGGACCUCCACGAAAGGCUCGGCUGGCGCGUGGCGGAUCUCCGUCCGGCUGGGGAGGAAGCCGCGGAGUUCGAGCCCGGCUCGCUGGUGCUGGCGUGCCACGCGUGCGGGCUGCUGAGUGAUGAGGCGAUGGCGGCCGCCGUCGCGGCGCGCCUGCCCCUGAUUCUGCUGCCCUGCUGCUACGCGCGGAAUCCCAAGGCGCUGGUGCGAGCCAAGCGGGGGCACCCCAGCUUCGCGUGGCCUCGAUAUCCCUGGCUAGAGAGAGGCGCUGUGAACCGCUUGGGGCGCGACGCUGUCGAUGCUGCCAGGGUGAGCUUCCUAGAGCAGAAUGCCUACAAGGUGGUGUACGACCACAUCGAUGCCGAGAUCACUGAGUUCAAUCGAGCUAUUGUCGCAGCUCCAACAUAGCUACAGCAACGGCGAGGACCUUGAGAUGGGGGUCGUCAACUGCGAGCAGGUCACGGAAGCGCGCGACUCGAAUCACGUCGAGGUGGAGCUCUGAUGGAGUUUGCUCCGAUAAGUGGGUUG